AUGAAUACAAAAAGUUUCAUCAUGCACUAUUCAACUAAGAAGUACUUGCUUUCGUUCUUCCUCUCAUGCAUUGUUGUGAUGAUUUUCAACUACAACAAUAAUGGCAUCGUAACCGCAGCAAACAACAACUUUGGCUUAAACUACGGUCUCCUCGGAGACAACCUCCCGCCUCCGGCCAAUGUUAUCAACCUUUACAAGUCCAUAGGCAUUACUAAAAUCCGAAUCUUCGACCCCAACACCGAGGUUCUUAGCGCCUUACGCGGCCACCGCGAUAUUGGAGUCACGGUAGGCAUCAAGGACCAAGACUUGGCUGCUCUUGCAGCCAGCGAAGAAGCUGUUAAUGGCUGGUUCGCGACCAACAUCGAGCCUUAUCUAGCCGACGUCAACAUCUCCUUCAUUACCGCAGGUAACGAAGUCAUCCCUGGACCGAUCGGUCCUCAAGUGUUACCCGUCAUUCAGUCUCUGGCCAACCUCGUGAAGUCGAGGAAUCUUCCCAUCUCGAUAACCACCGUGGUGUCUAUGUCGAACCUCGGGCAGUCGUAUCCACCUUCCGCCGGAAUGCUCACGUCACAGGCGCGUGAACAACUCACACCGGUGCUGAAGUUUCUGUCUCAAACAAGCACGCCUAUCCUCGUCAACAUAUACCCUUACUUCCCUUACGCAUCCGACCCGGUGAACAUCCAUCUCGACUACGCAACUUUCAGAACAGAGUCCGUUGUGGUUCAAGAUGGACCGCUAGGCUAUUCAAACAUGUUUGAUGCAAUGUUCGACGCGUUCCUGUGGGCGAUGGAGAAGGAAGGCGUCCAAGAUUUACCGGUGGUGGUGUCCGAGACCGGAUGGCCUUCCGCCGGGAACGGGGACUUGACCACGCCGGAUAUCGCGGCUACCUAUAACGGAAACUUUUUGAAGCAUGUGGUUAGCGGAAAAGGGACGCCUAAGAGGCCUAACAAUGGCGUCGACGGGUUUAUAUUCGCAACGUUCAAUGAAAAUCAGAAGCCGCCCGGGACUGAACAAAACUUUGGUCUGUAUAAUCCUAGUGACAUGAGGCCAAUCUAUAAGCUGUUUUGA